AUGGAGAGGAACCCGGCUCUCCGGCUGGCGAGUCUCUUGCAGUCUUGCAUCGAGAAGAAAUCGCAUUUAUCAGCAGCAAAGAUCCUCCAUACUCGCAUCCUCCGCUCCGGCCUAUACGCCGACACUUUCCUGUCCAACCGUCUGAUUGAGCUCUACUCCAGAUGCAACAGUGCGAACAAUGCCCGCAAGCUGUUCGACGCAAUUCCCAACAAGAACAUAUACACAUGGAACGCGAUCUUGAGCGAAUACUGUCGGAUGGGAGAGUUGGAAGAUGCCUUCAUGGCGUUCGACGAAAUGUCCGAGAAAAACACCGUGUCCUGGAACAACUUGAUCAGCGCAUUGGUGCGUGGUGGGUUUGAGAGACGGGCGUUGGAUGUUUAUGAUAAGAUGGUGUUGGAAGGGUUUUUGCCCACGCAUUGCACGUUGGCAAGUGUUUUGAGUGCUUGCGGUGGUUUGUUGGAUGUGGAGUGUGGCAGGAGGUGUCAUGGCCUUGCUGUAAAGGUUGGACUUGAGCUGAAUAAGUACGUGGGUAAUGGUCUGCUGUGUGUUUAUGCUAAGUGUGGUUUUCUUAGGGACGCCACUCAACUGUUUAAGGAUAUGCCUGAACCGAAUGAAGUAACUUUCACUGCGAUGAUGGGUGGGUUGAGCCAGACGGACAGAGUUGGAGAGGCAUUAGAGAUGUUUAGGUUGAUGUGUAGGAAAGGGGUCCGGGUUGAUAGUGUCUCGUUGUCUAGUGUUUUGGGUGUUUGUUCUAGAGGAACGAGUAGAGAAGCUUCAUUCAACGACCAGAGAGAUCGGUUCGCGAGCAAUAUUCAUGGUAAGCAGGUCCAUGGACUCGCAAUCAAACUGGGAUUUGAGAACGGUCUUCACUUGGGGAAUUCUUUGCUUGAUAUGUAUGCAAAGUAUGGGGAUAUGAAUAGUGCUGAAAAGGGUUUCGAUAAUAUGGCCUGCUAUAGCACUGUUUCUUGGAAUAUAAUGAUCGCCGGGUACGGGCAAAGCUACCAACUUCAGAAAGCCAGAGAAUUUCUUCAGAAAAUGCAGAACCUUGGGUUUGAACCUGAUGAGGUCACCUGUAUUAACAUGCUCGCAGCAUGUGCAAAGUCGGGAGAUAUGGAGACUGCAAAGCUCAUGUUUGAUAACAUUUCUCGCCCCAGUACGAGUUCAUGGAAUGCUAUACUAUCAGGGUAUCUCCAGAUUGGGAACAACCAGGAAGUUGUUAAAUUGUUUAGAGAAAUGCAGUUCCAAAGUGUACCGUGUGAUAGAACAACCUUGGCUGUUGUUCUUAGCUCUUGCACAGCUAUGGGGCUCUUGGAAGCAGGAAAACAGGUUCAUACUGCUUGGCAGAAGGGUUCUUGUCAUAAUGACUUAUACGUUGCUAGUGGUCUUAUAGCUGUGUAUUCUAAGUGUAGCAAGCUUGAGAUAGCAAAAUGCAUAUUCGAGAACUUGCCUCAACUGGAUAUUGUUUGCUGGAAUUCUGUUAUUGCAGGAUAUGCAAUCAAUUCUUUACACAAAGAAAGUUUUACUGUUUUCAAGAAGAUGCGCCAAAAUGGGAUGUCUCCAAACCAGUUUACUUAUGCAACUGUUCUAAGUUCCUGUUCAGAACUAGGUUCUUCAUCUCAAGGAAGACAAGUGCACUCGCAGAUCAUAAAAGAUGGGUUCACCAAUGAUGUCUUUGUAGGAAGCACUCUUAUUGGUAUGUACUGCAAACGUGGUGAGGUAGAUGAGGCCCGCCAUUUUUUCGAUAUGAUGCCUAGCAAAAGUAUUGUUACCUGGAACGAGAUGAUUCAUGGGUAUGGCCAAGGUGGACAAGGCGAUGAAGCUGUUGGCAUUUACGGGGAGAUGAUUGAAGUUGGCGAGAAACCUGAUAGCAUAACCUUCAUCGCUGUUUUGACCGCUUGCAGCCACUCCGGUUUGGUGGAUGCAGGACUUGAAAUCUUUGAUUCAAUGCUGCAAGACCAUGGAGUAGAGCCAAUUUUGGAUCACUAUACUUGUAUAAUUGAUGCAUUGGGCAGAGCUGGUCGUUUCCAUGAGGCAGAAAUCAUACUGAAUAAGAUACCAUAUAAGGAUGACCCAAUUGUAUGGGAGGUUCUGCUUAGCUCUUGUAGGCUCCACGAUAAUGUGAGCUUAGCUAGAAGGGCGGCAGAUGAACUCUUCCGUCUGGAUCCUCAAAAUUCGUCCCCGUAUAUCCUUUUGGCCAACAUCUAUACUUCUCUUGGAAGAUGGGACGAGGCAAAUGCUGUGAGAGAGCUGAUGGGUAACCGGCAUAUUACCAAGGAUCCAGGUUACGCUUAUAUUGAGCUUGAAGCUGGACCACAAUCAUCAACUUGGGUUGAAAAUCUGAUGAUGUCCAACAAUGAAUUUCUUACAGCAAAUGGGCCUGACCAUCUUUCUAUGAGCCAGAGGCGAUUGCGGUCUCAUGGACAGGAGCAGAGCGAUAUUGUGGCCGAGGAUCAAAUGCAUAAUCAGAUUUGGACUCUUGACUCUCGAGAAGGAGGAUCACGACCGAUGUGCCUAGACAGAAAGAAGACCUCCGCCAUUGGCGGUUCGACGCAGUACAAGAGCACCAGCAGUAAUAACGAAGGAGCAAGCCAGAGUGGACGGCGGAGAAGACGGGACAGGCUGGCUGCGCUGUGCAAGAAGAUAGUCCAACAUUUGAUUCGAGGAGAAAAUGGUAGCGGCAUGGUGACGGAGCCGUAUCAGUCGCUGAACAGCAAGCCGUCGCCUUUGCAGCUGCAUAAGACCAGCUACGGGGUGGCUGCGGCGACGAGGAAGCGAGCUCUGCUCAUCGGGGUCACGUACAAGAGCUGGAAGCACAGGCUGAAAGGAACCAUCAAUGAUGUCAGGAACAUGAGGUCAGGGGACUCGCUGGUGUUCUAUUUCUCCGGCCACGGAGUCCGACAGCCGGACUUCGACCACGAUGAGCAGGACGGGUUCGACGAGACCAUUUGCCCAGCAGAUUUUAUGGAAGCCGGGUUGAUUUCCGACAACGAUAUCAACGAAGCCAUUGUGUGGCCACUGAAGAACGGUGUCACUCUUCACGCCAUCGUUGAUUCUUGCCACAGCGGGACCAUUCUCGAUCUUGCCUUUCUCUACAACAAUGAUCGGAGAAAGUGGGAAGACAAUCACCCUCCGUCGGGUGUCAGGAAACACACGGACGGUGGAUUGGCUAUCUGCAUAAGCGCCUGUGAAGACAGCGAAUUAGCAGUGGAUACCUCGGCUUUUGGGAAGGGAAUGAGUGGAGCCAUGACAUAUAUACUGGUGGAGGUGGUGAAGCAAUUCCCAAGCCCGACGUAUGGCGAUCUGAUGGAGUUGAUCCACGAGGCCCUGGCUGAGGUUAACAACAGCGGAUGCUUCUUAUCGCGCGCCUUCAGGUCUAUGUUGCAUAACAAGAUAUUGCAGAAGCCGUUGCUGUCAGCUUCCCGACCAUUUGAUGUCGGCACCAAACACUUCAUUUUGUGAACCUAUCCUACUAGUUGGCCCGAUUGAAGAACUAUAUAUACCAAAGCAACAUCCUAUAUGUAUUUGGUGCUCAUUGCUUGUGAUGCCGAGACUUUAGUUAUUUCCUUUCGAUUAAUGCAUUUCAUUUAAAAAAUAAUUAUUUAGUGUCGAUUUUAAACAAAUGCCAAAAAACCGUCAUAAAAACCUGUGGGCCGAAGAAGAUUGAAGGCCUGACAAGGUUCUGGCCGCUCAAACCUGUUGGCUUGUGUGCUAGACGAUAUUUAUCAUCGGUUUUAAACCGCCACAAAAACUUUUUAGAUGUACUUACCUUUUUGGUAUAUCCCUAUAUCCCAC